UACCUCAGGGCACCGUUACCUCAGGGCAUACAGCAGCGGACCUAACUGCCACCUGCGAAUAAGAUCUUCCCAUCAUAUUAGCAUUGGUUUCCCUCCCCUUACUUACAUUCCCCUGGGUAAAAUGAAAACAAGACAAAGAAACUUAUAAAAAUAAGAAGUAUGGCAUCAGAAUCAGAAAUUUUACAAACAUCAUCCAAACCAUCUAGAUCUGAGGAAAAUAUUUUGUCAGAUAAUCAGACAUCACAUCACCAGAAUGGUGGACAUCCUUAUCAAAAAUUGCCACAUUUAUAUGACAGAGUAUCAAAUUGGACAAUUCAAAUGGUUGAAAAAUACCUGCACAUUUUCUACACUGGAGAAGGAAUGGAAUACAGUGGAGAAUAUGUACUUCAACAAGGAGGGAUAAAAACAGAAUUGACAACCUAUCAAAAAGAGUACAUGACUGAUUUAGAGAGCAUUCUUACAUUUGAUGGUUCUAUGUACACUUAUAAAUAUCGUGGUAAAACAAAAGCAAAGCCAAUGCUUCAAACCAUUCUGAGUAAAGUUUCACCACAGAAUACAUCUAAUUUGAAAGACAGGCCAAUUUAUAGAUAUUUGCAUAAUGUAGCAGUGUUUGUAAAAUAUAUGAUAAAGUAUGUCGACAAAGUGCAAGAAACUGAAUGGUUUAAUAACAAGAUACCUGAAGGAUUUUACACAGAACUAGUGGGCAGAUUUGCUGAAAUGUGUUUAUUAAUAACUAACUAUCAGCCUGAAAAAUCUGUUUGGAAAAAUUUCAAAGGCAUUACAGUUACAUCUAAACCAGACCUAAGAUUUUUCAAAAGUGGCAUUGAUGAUAUUGAAACUGAAACUGCUUUUGCUGUAAUAGAGGUGAAACGAGAUACUGAUACAGACGAAAUAUGUCAAUCUGCCCCAACAAAAAGGAUAAAGAGAAGUUCGAGUUCAGGAUUACAGUCUGACUCAACCAACAGUUCCCCGCCAACUAGAAGACGACAAAGACAUGGAACAAGCACUUUAGCUGAUAAAGUGAAAGGGCAACAUGCUGGCGAAUUACUAUUAGAUCUGCAUUCAAUUAAAAAGAAAAGAUUUAGUAAUUGCUCAGAAUAUUACAUGCCGGGUAUGAUUGUUGAUGGAACAGGGGUGUCAAUCACCAUGUUGGUCAUAUCAAGAAGUCAUUAUGAGAAGAUUGAAAGGAAUGAACCUUUGGACCCAGAAGAUAAAGCUCAAAUUUAUGUUAGCUUUUUUUAUGAUUUUUUAAAUCAGGAUGAAAGAAAUGAACUGAUGAGGGUUUUUAUGAUACUGAAUAAUAUACCAGAGAUUUACUCUGAACCAGAUGAUAAUGACACAGGAAGCAGUUAGAGUGAAAGUUGUAUGAAUAGGUUAUACCUAUAUUUAAUAUUAGAGAGAAUGUUCCUGUGCGUGUUUGUUGCAGGAAAUUUAUUGAAUUACAUAUAGACAAGGAAGAAGGAAGUUAUAUAUCAAAUAUGUGUAGACAGCAAUUGUCACUCUGUCAAACCAUGGAAAGGAUAUUAUAGUAACAUUGUAAUAUAUCUCAAAUUGUUAGUAUGCGAUGUAUAAAUGGGACAACUAUACGAAAAUGAAUUUGAAAAAGGGCGAUGGACUUAACACUUAUAAAUACAUAUUUUGUUAUAAAUUUAGGAUUUGUUUAUAUAACGACAUGAAGAUGUAUGUUUCAAUAAAUAUUUUGGUUACAACAAA